AUGUCUCCUGGACCAGCACCUGAAGGUUCCGAUGGUUCUGGAUCCAAGAAAAGAAAGAGGAAGAGAUCGAAGAAGUCAACAGCGGAGCCUUUAGCUCAGGAAGCAGACGUUAGUACAACAAGAGUCAACAAGAAGACGAAGUUUGAUGAGGAUGAGUCUGCUCCACAACCUACGAUAGCUGAAGUAAGUCCACCAGAUGCUCACGAAGCUGCAGAGGAGACUGAUCUAAAGCCAAAGGAGGCUCCUCAAGAGAAGCAAACGCCUAAAACACCAAAAGAGACAGUGCACAAGAAAGAGCAUGUGCAGCUGAAUGGUGCUGUUACGCAACAGAAACAAACCCCAAAAACUGAGACAAAACAACUCUCCGAAAACAAAAAGCCUUCGAAGAAACCUAAAAGAGCUGUUUUUUACGACGACCAAAGUGACGAUGAAGAUGACGACGAGAGCUCUGCAUUCCAGACUCGCAGGUCUGUUUCUAGAGCUGCCCUUAAUGAAAAGGCAAAUGCAUUAUUAGAGGUCAGAAAGACUCUUCCAAUCUACCACCAUAAAGAUAAAAUCACAGAUUACGUGAAAAAUAACCAAGUUGUUGUCGUAAUUGGUGAGACAGGUUCUGGUAAGUCCACCCAAAUACCUCAGUUCUUGAUGCCCCUCAACAAGAAGCGUAUCGCCGUCACGCAACCUCGUCGAGUGGCUGCAGCUUCCUUGGCCACAAGAGUCAGUGAAGAAUAUGGUUGUCCAUUAGGUGAAGAAAUUGGAUAUCAAGUUCGUUUUUCUAAUGUCACAUCGCCAAGAACGAAGGUGAACUAUCUUACUGAUGGUAUGUUGAUCAGAGAGCUCAUGUUAGAUGAUAAACUUUCGAAAUAUAGUACAAUCGUUAUUGAUGAAGCGCAUGAAAGAACUGUGCUCACAGAUCUUACAUUGGGUUUUUUGAAGCAGUUGAUUCAAAGUGGAAGAAGGAAAGAUCUUAAAGUGAUCGUCAUGUCUGCCACAUUGAACGCUCAACUUUUCAGUAAAUUCUUUGACCAUGCACCAGUGUUAUAUGCGGAGGGAAGAAUGUACCCUGUUUCUAAGCACUAUCUUAGUGGCUCAUCGGAGGAUAUCGUCGAUACUAUGGUUAGAACAGUCGUCCAGAUCAACAUGUCCGAAGAGGAAGGUGAUUUCCUAUGUUUUCUACCUGGCCAGGAGGAAAUCGAUAAUUGUGUGACUAUUUUGAAUACUAUAGCACCUGAGCUACCUAAAGAAGCACCAAUGAUUAAUGCCCUACCACUCUACGCAGCAUUGUCUCCAGCUCAACAGAUCAAAAUAUUCGAGAAAUUGGGUCCAAGAAAAAGAAAAGUCAUUUUGGCAACCAAUAUUGCUGAAACAUCCAUCACAGUCAGCGGUGUAAAGUAUGUCAUUGACUCCGGUUUAAGGAAAGUGAAGGUAUGGAGACACCUGCUUGGUUUAUCCACUUUGCUUACUACCCCCAUCUCUCAAGCCUCAGCAAAGCAAAGAGCUGGUCGUGCCGGUAGAGAAAGUGCUGGAAAGGUUUUCAGGCUUUAUUCUGAAAAGCUUUUCCAUAACAAGUUACCGAAGCAACAAGAAUCUGAAAUUGUUCGCAAUGAUAUCAUACUUCCUAUUUUAACGUUGAAGAAGAUGGGAAUUCAGGACCUCUUAAAUUGGACUUGGCUUGAACACCCAGGUAAAGAGGCAAUUUUAGGAGCUCUUCAUACCUUGCAUUUCUUGGGAGCACUUGAUGAAGCUGGCAGGAUCACCUCGCUUGGUUACAAGAUGGCAGUCUUGCCAUUGCCCCCGUCUCUUUCUGCGGUUCUUAUAGCAGCAUUCAACAAUGGCGUUCUUCAGGAGGUUAUUGAUAUUGUUUCUUGUCUUUCUGUUGAAAACUUAAUUCUUAAUGUUACUGGAAAUGGCGAUCUUCGAGACGAAAUUAACUAUAAAAGAAGGCAGUAUUGCCCAUUGGGCGCCAAGCUGGGUGAUUUGAUUGCCUUGAAGGAAUACUUUAACUACUUCAAAGAGCUCAAUGACUCUAAGAAUACAGCCGAAUUGAAGGCUUGGUGCAAAGAGUUGUUCUUCAGCUACAAAGGCUUCAAGAAUGUCAUGAGAGUCCGGAAGCAGAUCACCGAUUACAUGUUUUCUACAGUCAACCAAGAUGAUUCCAUUUCUCAAACAGAAAAAGACCUGCAACUUCGAAGACUUCGAAGCCAACUCUCCAUUAAUCAACCGGACAAUGGAAGUGAUGAUGAAGACGACUUUGGACAACUUUCGAAGUCAAUGGACACUGACUCUAUCCUCAAGUCUUUUGUGAAGGGAUUUGCUUUGAACACUGCAAUUGGAAUGCCAGACAGAUCAUUCAGAACUUGUUCCACAGGCCAACUUAUCAGCAUUCAUCCUUCCUCAAACUUAUUUGGCAAGACUAACAUCGAUGCUAUCAUGUACAUUGAGUUUGUGUACACUGCCAAAGCUUACGGAAGAAAUUGUUCUGUUAUAGAACUUUCAUGGCUCCAAGAAGUUGCUCCCCAACUUUUGGGAAGCACUAAAGUCAGCAUCAACGAAUAG